GGGGCGCAGCAGCGGAGGUGACAUCACGAAUAUCCAGCGUUGAUAUCAGCCAGCAGUAAUCGUUGCCCCUCAGUGGACACGGCGAUGACAGCAAGAGCACCGCACCGCAGCCAUUAUAGCCCCAAACCCCGAUCUUUGCUAGUUUUUCCGAACGUCUGUGGUUCAACGAUGUGGUGUGAUCAUCUGUAAUCCACCGAACAGCUGCAAACAGCCACCACGCCUGUCCGAAGCCAACGGAACUGACUUUUGGACCUUUUUUCUGUGACUUCGUGAUGGACUCCAGUGGAAAUCCACCAGAAAUAUCAAAACAUCGCCUGUGACUUGAUAUGAAGUAAGCUAACAGCCGAGGAUGGUGUGCGUCAGAGCUUUUCUGCGGAUGAUAAGGCAGAGGAUGAAGCUGGAUCGGGUCAGAGAGUUGGGUCGACAGUAUCCCGUCUUCUGCUUUCUGCUGCUGGUCUUACUGCUGUCCACUCUGCUUUUAAACAGACAUAUUCACAUUAUCAUGGUGUUUUGGUCCUUCCUGGCUGGAGUUGUCACCUUUUACUGCUCGUUAGGACCCGAGUCCCUGCUGCCUAACAUCUUGGUCUCGAUGAAACCAAAAACAAAGUCAUUUCUGCAGGAGCUGUUCCCACAGGGCCAUAGCUGUGCAGUUUGUGGAAAAAUAAAGUGCAAACGCCACAGACCGACCUUGUUACUGGAAAACUAUCAGCCCUGGCUUGAUUUGAAAAUUUCCUCCAAGGUGGAUGCUUCUCUUUCAGAGAUCCUGGAGCUUGUUUUGGAAAACUUUGUCCAUCCGUGGUAUAGAGAAAUCACAGAUGAUGAAGCGUUCGUGGAUGAGCUGAGGGUGACUUUACGAUUCAUCGCGGCUGUGUUGGUUCGCCGAACCCAGAAGGUGGAUGUGGCUUCAGUCAUCACACUAAAGCUUCUCAAAGUUUCCAUGAAGCACAUUGAGAUCAUCAGCAAGGCGAGGCAGAAAGUGAAGAAUGCAGAGUGUCUUCAACAAGCGGCCCUGGAAGAGUAUGGUCCUGAUCUCCACGUGGCUCUUCGCAGUCGCAGAGAUGAGCUCCUCUACCUCAGAAAUCUGACCGAGAUGCUUUUUCCUUACAUCCUGCCUCCCAAAGCUGCAGAGUGCAGAUCUCUUUCUCUCCUGAUAAGGGAAGUCUUGGCUGGUUCUGUCUUCCUUCCUUCAAUGGACUACUUGGCUGACCCUGACACAGUGAAUCAUUUAAUUUUAAUAUUUAUUGACAGUUCUCCACCUGAAGAUGCCACAGAACCUGCUUCAACACUGGUCCCGUUUCUACACAAGUACUCUGAUUCCCGCAACAAAAAGCCCUCGGUUCUGAAGUUGGAGUUAAAGGAAAUUAGAGAACAGCAAGAUCUUCUUUUUCGUUUUAUGAACUUCCUGAAACAAGAGGGAGCCGUCCACGUGCUCCAGUUCUGUCUUGCAGUUGAGGAGUUCAACGACAGGAUUUUGUGCCCAGAGCUGUCAGACUCGGAGAAGAUGAUGCUACACGAAGAAGUGAAGAAGAUCUAUGAGACCUACUGCUUGGACGAGAGCAUUGACAAGAUCCGCUUUGACCCAUUUAUAGUGGAAGAGAUACGAAACAUUGCCGAGGGCCCGUACGCAGAUGUGGUGAAACUUCAGACCAUGAGGUGUCUGUUUGAAGCGUACGAGCACGUCCUUUCUCUCCUGGAAAACGUUUUCACUCCCAUGUUCUGCCACAGCGAUGAGUAUUUUCGCCAGCUUCUAAGAGGGGCUGAGUCCCCCACCAGGAACUCCAAGAUGAGCAGAACUAGCCUCAGUUUGGAUGACAUCCGCUUCUGGGACUGGAGCCCCGAGUCCCCGUCCUCUCUCUGCACCGCCUCCGGCAGCUCUUCACCUGCAUCUUUUAACUCCCUCCAUGCCCAGUUCACAAACUUCCCAUACGGCUCGCAACCCCACCGCCACUCAUCGCCCAAGAACACGUCUAAGAGGGGCGAGUCCUUUGGGAUCAGUCGCAUUGGCAGUAAGAUCAAAGGAGUGUUCAAGAGCACAACAAUGGAGGGAGCCAUGCUCCCGUCCUACGGGCUGGUGGAAGGAGAGGAUGAUAUGGUGGAGGAAGCCAUGAUGGUGCUGGAGGACGACUCCCCCAUGGAGGCGGUCUCCACCCCUAGCACCCCUCGGAACCUCUCAGCCUGGAGCAUCACCAUCCCGUACAUCGAUUUCUACGACGAUGAUGCAAAGAGGGAAAGGAUUCCAGUUUUUUGCAUUGACGUGGAGCGCAACGAUCGGAAAGCAGUGGGACACGAGACGGAGCACUGGUCUGUGUACAGAAGGUACCUGGAGUUCUAUGUGCUUGAAUCAAAACUCACCGAGUUUCAUGGAUCAUUUCCAGAUGCACAGCUGCCUUCAAAGAGAAUAAUCGGUCCCAAGAAUUAUGAGUUUCUCACAUCAAAGCGGGAGGACUUCCAAGAGUACCUUCAGAAACUCCUGCAGCACCCGGAGCUGAGUAACAGCCAGCUGCUGGCCGACUUCCUGUCUCCUCACAGCAUGGAGUCUCAGUUCCUGGACAAGAUGCUACCUGACGUGAACCUCGGGAAAAUUAUUAAGUCGGUGCCAAGUAAACUGAUAAAAGAGAAAGGACAGCAUCUGGAGCCGUUCAUCCAGUCCUUCUUCAACUCCUGUGAGUCUCCUAAACCCAAACCAAGUCGGCCUGAGCUCACAAUCCUGAGCCCCACCUCAGAAAACGAUAAAAAGCUUUUUAAUGACCUCUUCAAAAACAACGCCAACCGUUCAGAGAUGACGGAGAAGCGUCACAACCAGAACUACUUCAUGGAGAUGAUCACUGUUGAAGGGGUGUAUGACUACCUAAUGUAUGUGGGUCGAGUUGUGUUUCAUAUCCCUGACUGGUUGCACCACCUGCUGAUGGGGGGUAGGAUCCUGUUUAAGAACACCCUGGAGGCCUACACAGACAAUUGCAUUCAAUUCAAGCUGAACCAGGUGGUCCAGGAGCACCGACUAGUCUCACUCAUCACCCUGCUCAGAGACACGGUUUUCUGUGAGAGCAGUUCCCCCCGCUCGGUCCAGGACAAACAGAGCAGAGCCAAGAGGACAUUUGAGGAGAUGAUGAGCUAUAUUCCAGAUGUUUUAUCGAAAUGUAUCGGAGAAGAAGCCAAGUAUGAAGGAGUUCGUCUGCUGUUUGAUGGACUUCAGCAGCCAGUUCUCAACAAACAGCUGACGUAUGUGCUGCUCGACAUCGCCAUUCAAGAACUUUUCCCUGAGCUAAACAAGGCACAAAAGGAGACUUCUAUGAUGGCUCCGUGGAUGUGAACGGGUCGUACUGUAGUGCUCUGGCAUGAAUUCUUCCUUAACUAAACCACUCUGGAACUAACACUCAGUUUUGGAUUUAUGCUCAUAAAACAAAGAGCUCAGUAUUUCUGUUCACUUCUGGAAUAAAUUGUCUUUAAAUAUAUGUAAUUGAUAUGUAAAUAAUCAAUCGUCAUACAAUAAACAGCAGUGGGAUUAAUAAUAAACCUGUUAAAUACAGAAAAAUAUGUUGUUGUUUUUUAAUAAAAGGUUAAAAAUA